GUAGCAGAUGUGUAUAGAUAUGGAGCGAGCGUUUGGUUAUUCGUUACUUCGUUUAUAUUUAUGGCUUUUCUGGCCAUUUUCGUCUACCUCCCAGUUUUUUUUAAACUACAAAUAACCAACAUCUACGAGUACUUGGAAAGAAGAUUCGACCGAAGAACAAGAAUUCUGGCUUUUGUACUUUACGUUCUGUCCGAUAUUCUAAUGUUUCCGAUUUUAGCAUACCCUCCAGCUUUGACUUUCGCCACUGCUAGUGGGAUUAAUUCGACUUUGUGUGCCUUCAUCUUGUGUUCGAUUUGCCUCUUUUACACUUCAAUAGGUGGUUUGAAGACUGUAGUUUGGACCGACUUUGUUCAAUUUGGGGUAAUAAUGGUAACUCUUGUCACUAUAUUCGCAAUUGGUGUUAAUGGAUCCGACGGGUUCGUGUCUGUGUGGAACACAGCAUCAGCUGGUGGACGACUAGAAGUAUUUAACUUUAAUCUUGACUUCACAGCUAGAGAUGGCUUUUGGGGAUACUUUAUAGCUUGCGGGACAACAUCUACCGCAGUCAUAAUCGUGCACCCAACUGGCAUCCAAAAAUUUUUAAGUCUGUCAAAAUACAAAGAUUGUGUGUGGUCUGUCAUACACACCACAAUCAGUAUGUGCGUAUUCCACACCUUCUGCAUUCUCAUCGGUUUGGUAGUUUAUUACAAAUACAAAGACUGCGACCCUUUGACUAGCCACAUAGUGUCAAAACAUGACCAAGUCUUUCCGUAUUUUGUAACAGAAAUCGGAAGUAGCGUUCCAGGGGUCUCUGGUCUUUUCAUAGCGGCGGUUUGUAGCGCAGCUCUCAGUACUAUGUCAUCUAACCUAAACGCUCUCUCUGGUGUCAUAUACAAAGACGUGGUUUGUCCCUUUUUAAAAAACACACCUUCCGAAAAAACUGGCAGCGAUAUUUUGAAACUGACAGUUCUGAUUGUUGGGUUUUUGUGCACGUGUUUGGUGUUUCUGGUGGAACGAAUGGGGCAAAUCUUUUCAAUCAGUUUGACGGUUUGGGGGAUCACGCAAGGACCGAUAUUCGGAGCUUUCACAUUAGGAGUGCUUUUCCCCAAAGCUAACCGCAAAGGCGCCCUCUAUGGAAUGAUUGGAGGUUUUAUUUCAAUCGCGUGUCUGUCGAUUCCCGCCAAGUAUUUUCAGAUGCAAGGGUUAUUAACAUACGCCACGAAACCCUUAUCUACCAGUGGGUGCAUUUUCUACAACCAAACUUUACUAUCAAAUAAUACGACAAGCCAGAUUUCGUUCCAACCACCUACCAUUUUCAAGAUUUCGUUCUUCAACUAUACGUUCCUUGGUGCCGCCAUGACUGUAAUUUACGGUGUAAUUAUCAGCUUCUUCACGAAGAGUGAUACUCGUGUCGAUAAGAAGCUUCUAAGCCCGGUUACAUACUUCUGCCUGUGCAAAAAAACGCAAGACGGAGACGGAGCUGGAUAUUUUAAUGUAGACGAGGCUUUAGAGAGACUUAAUUAGCACAAUUACCUCAACAGAAAUAAUUUACAAACUGUAGCUACAAACUUUUGGCCACAACAGUAUUACGGACAGUAUUUGUUUCCUAAAUAAAUUAUUGAUU